CAUGACUGAGGUGAAAACGUGGGGCGCCGGUGAUCUACGCUUGACCAGCAUACUCCCGGUGUGGAUACCUCUCGUUCUGGGUAAGGCUGCACGGGAAUCAUCGUCUGGGCGAGACUGUGAUGGCUGAGACAUGCGGGUGAGUGCGCUAGUGCUUUGCUGUGCAGAGGAACGGUUGCUGGCGCAAAUCGCCGUGGAUACAUAAGGUGCUCCUUCUCAGUGUUGCAGAUCAGACAAAGAAAGUCAGACUCAGACAAGCAGAUCUUCGACACCUUCGCACAAUGGAAUCCAUGUCUUUCACAUCUCAACCAUCACACUGGGAAUCGCCAGCCAUGGCCGGUACUCCAUUCGCCACUACAGUCAUGCAGUCGCCUACCUCGGUACCUAGAUCUUCGACGAAAGCGGACCGCGAGCGACGCCCCAAGCUUCGAGCGUCAUGCGAUGCCUGUGCGGCCUCAAAGGUCAAGUGUAGCAAGGAGCACCCCAUCUGCCAGCGAUGCUCUGCGAACGGUUCGCAAUGCAUCUAUGGCGUAUCGAGGAAGCACGGCAAGCCCGGGCGCACACGCAAGAGGAACCCAGACGGCACACCUUUCAUUAAAAACUCGAAGCAGCGACCAUCGCCAGACGGCAGUGAGUUCGGCAAGUUCAGAGUCAGACCUGAGCCGAUCGCUCUGCCUCUGCCUGAAUUUGACGCCGCAUCUGCGUGGAACUCGAGUUGGUCGUCGACACCGAGUCUGCGAAGCACACCAGAUUUCGAGUUUGAAAUGACGCCCGAGCCAUUCGACAUGACCAUGACACCGGAGCCCAUGUUCAUGGACUCCACAAUGGCUAUGGGCUUUCCGUUCAUGGACGACUAUCUCUUGCCGGCGAGCGACUUUUCAAUGGACACGAUGCAGUCACUCGAGCCCGAGCUUACCUUUCGUGAUCCGUUCGCGAAGAAGCAGUCGGUACAGCUUGAUCUCCCGAACAUCCAGGCUCUCAAGGACUACAUUGGCGGCGAGUCUGUCAACCCUUUCGACUACACAUUCCAGGACGUGGGUCUCGGCAUCUCGCUCGACGGCUCGUCCACAUCGUCGGCAGAGCCGAGCCCGAAGACCACGGCUUUCGAUCAAUCGCGCAGCCGCCUGAGUGUAAGCGUCUCGAUGCCGACUUCCCACUGCUGCUCUGAGCUUGCGCACUCGACCCUGGAGAGUCUACGCAUCAUUGGCCCGGACAGCGCGCAGCCCUGGCCUACCGAGUCCAAGAGCCUGGACUUUGUCCUGUCGACCACAAAGCUAGCAGUCCAGAGCGUCCUCCAACUCCUCAACUGCCCGUGCUCUUCAGACCCGCAUCUAUCGAUGCUGUAUUCAAGCAUCACAUCGAAGAUCCUGAACUGGUAUCAGAUCGCCGCGGGCGUCAUGCCAGCUGCAGCACCGCUAGGCACCGCGCCCUCGCUCAGCAGCUCCUCGCCAACUCCAUCGUCCGCCUACUCGUCACCACUGUCCACCCCAAGUUCCGAGCAUUCGACCUUCAGCGUGCAGAUGCAGCCACUCAAAUUCGGCCUCUACCAGUUUGACGAGGCGGACCAGGAGCGCCUGAGGCGGCAGGUGGUGCUGAAGGAGCUGAAGAAGUGCGGGCAGCUGGUCGAGGCACUGGCGAACUGGCGCGGGAACGGGCAGAGCGAGCAGGCGGAGUUCCUGUACGAUGUGCUUGGCGCGUGGCUGAAGAGCGAGCUGUACAAGACACUGCAGGAGAUUGAGGGCGGACGAUGAGGGUCUGUGGGUGUCGGUCGGCGAUUUUACGGUGGGUUUUUUGUCAGCGAUCUUGCGUGGAGUUUGGUGGUCUUGAUAUCCCUCUUAGAUGAGCAUUAUGCAGCGAAGACAAGAAUUUGGUUCAGCGAG